UCUGGUAAAACUGCAAUGCUCUGUCUACUUAUUGUCUUGGAACUUUGCUUCUUUCAGUGUCUCUCAUUGCUUUUAUGGUUGGAAGAACGCUACGAGACUGUAUACACACGCCAUCCUGGUUUCCAGAAAGGAUCUAAGCCACUCCUUGCAGUAGAUAACCCAUUCCCAAUGGAACUUCCAGAAAAUCUUGUUGGGGAGAAAUGGGCCUUUGUCCAAUUGCCCUUUUCAGCUGUUCAAGAGGAAAUCUCAUCCUUGGACUCAAACCUCGUGUUUGGUGCGAGCCUAGAUUUGGAUUUGUUGGGGAUUGAAAUUGAUGACAAGACAUUGAUUCCAGGAUUGGCUGUUGCAUCUUCACGUGCUAAACCUCUAGCAGCUUGGAUGAAUGGGUUGGAAGUCUGUUCAAUUGAAGCCGAUUUGUCACGGGCUCGCUUGAUUCUUUCUGUUGGAAUUUCUGGGCGAUAUAUUUAUGCUACCUACAACAAAACUCCUGAAACAACGAGUGAAGCUGAAGCUUGGGAAGCAGCAAAGAAGGAUUCCGGAGGUUUGCACUUCCUUGCAAUCCAGGGGGACUUGGAUUCGGAUGAUUGUGUUGGAUUUUGGCUUCUACUAGACUUACCAUCUCCACCUGUAUAGAGUGUAAUCCGUCCAAACAAAUUUUAAAAAGAAAUUACUUUUACACAUUAGUUUCUCAGUUACAUCGCUUCAUAUUCCUUUG